AUGGACAUCCACAUAGCACCUCCACCCUCCCACCCCACCAAGACCCUGCGGAAGCAAUGGCUGGAAGCACUGGGCGCCCUCCACUAUGUGCUGGCUUUCCUGUUUCUAGUCCCUUGUGCUGCACUUCUACUAUAUUACCUCCUCUUCACGCGGCUCUGGCCUCUGACUGUCCUCUACCUGAUGUGGCUCUACCUGGACCGGGACACCCCCAGCCAAGGGGGAAGACAAUGGAAGUGGCUAAAGACCUGGUUGAUCUGGAAACAUCAGAGGGAUUAUUUUCCUAUCAAGCUGGUGAAGACGGCAGAGCUGCCCCCCAACCAGAACUAUGUGCUGGGAUCUCACCCCCAUGGGAUCAUGACCACAGCAUCCUUCUGUAAUUUCCUCACUGAGUGCAACGGCUUCUCCCGGCGCUUCCCGGGGCUGCAGCCCUGGCUAGCCACCCUGGCCGGCCUCUUCUACCUACCAGUCUUCCGGGACUACAUGAUGGCUGUUGGACUGCGACCCGUGAGCCGUCACAGCCUGGACUUUGUCCUGUCUCAGCCCCAGCCUGGCCAGGCGGUGGUCAUUGUCACUGGGGGUGCCCAGGAAUCCCUGUACACGGCUCCAGGACAACACUGCCUCGCACUCAAGAGACACAAAGGCUUUGUUCGCCUGGCACUGAGGCAUGGGGCAUCCCUGGUGCCCACAUAUUCCUUUGGGGAGAAUGAUGUCUUCAAUAGCAUGACUUUCACCAAAGGCUCCUGGCAGUAUGUGUUCCAGGUCAUCUUCAAGAAGAUUGUUGGUUUUCCGCCCUGUGUCUUCUGGGGCCGGAGUCUUUUUUCGCCCAACUCCUGGGGUCUGCUGCCCCUUUCCACGCCCAUCACCACCGUGGUGGGCGCCCCCAUCCCCGUGCCCCAGCUGUGCACACCCACUGAGGAGCAGGUUGACCACUACCACAGGCUCUACAUGGAGGCCCUGGAGCGACUGUUUGAGGAGUACAAGGAAAGCUGUGGCAUCUCUGCCUCCACCCACCUCACCUUCCUCUAG